ACCUACUUCCUAAAAAUUCAUUUGACAGUUAGUGACAACGUCUUAAGUUUAAUGUCAAGCUAUAACUGUCAAUGUAAUUAACCUUAAAUCGUCUAGCCGGUUAAGAGUAAAUAUAUUUAAUUCCAAACACAACAAAGAUCCAACUAUGGCUGUUAACAGUGCCACGUCCUUCGUGUUAUCGUCAAUUUUAGCGUUGUUGAUAUUUUCGGGAAUGCAGAUGUACAAGCCCUUAAUUACAAGAUCUCCACUAACAAUCAUAUUCGGAGGAUAUCUAGGAUCCCUUAUGUUCAUGUUCUUCGUUACAGCAGUUGGUAAUUUAGAAGCAACCUUGUUUGGGAAAAACUUUCAGUUAAAAUUACCUGAGAUAGUGUUGUCUAUGGUGAUAUCAUUGAUCGCAUCAGGGAUGGUGCAUAGGAUCUGUUUUACUACAUGCUUAAUCUUCUCCAUCAUCACUAUCUACUAUAUGAACAAACUGUCCCAGAAAACAUAUGUUGCACCAGUUGCUGCCCCCGUCCCAGUCAAAGGACGCAGACAUAAAUAGUUCUUAUAUGAAGCAUUCCAAAUUUUAUGAAUAAUAUUUCUAUGUAUGAUUUUUUAUGACUGAAAUAAAAUGUCAAAAAAUA